AUGUCGUAUGAGGCUGUCCAUAUUAAGGGUAUGCGGUAUACCGGGCGAACCGGCUGCGAGGAAGCGCAAGCCAUGACUGCGCAGUGGCGCACUAUUUGCCCGACGCCAAAUCUGGGACCCGAACCAUUAGUGGCCGAAGUUGGCGUUGGCAUCGGCGUGCCGUGCAUCGUCAUCGUCAUCGAGUCCAAACUGUGUGUCAAGGUUCGUGUGGGGAAGUCGCGAGAGCCCUGGUUGCCGCAGGGUCCCGCAAUUGGCCCGACAAAAGGCCGUCCACCGUAUAUGGCAGGUGGCUCAGCUAGAUACAAGGUUUUGCCAUUUCUGGUUUAG